UUUCAUAUCUAUUCGCGCUUUUUCAAGCGUAAUUUACUUGUUAAAUUUCCAGGCUAAUUAAAGCGCUAUUCUACUCAUGUAUUCAUGCCUUUUCAUGCAUUAUUUUCUUGUUAUAUUUUCAGGCUCUUUAAAAGCGCUGUUCUUCAUACGUAUUCACGCGUUGUCAAGUGCAGUUUUCCUAUUGUACCUUCACGCCUUUUGAUACGUUGUUUCCUUGUCAUAUUUUCAGGCUUAUCAAAAAUGCUAAUCUUCCUUUUCAUGCGCUGGUUUCUUGUUAUACUUUCAAGCUUGUUAAAAGCGCUAGUCUUCUCAUAAGUGUUUAUGCGUUUAAAAGCUUCACGCCUUUUUAAUGUGCUGUUUUCUUGUUAUACUUUUGUCUUUAUUAAAAGCGGUGGUUUUCUCAUACGAAUUCACGUAUUUUAAGGUGCAAUUUUUUCAUUAGUAUUUAC